UAGUAUUGUCGAAUGGCUUCCCAGUGUCGUGUGUGAGGUUGAUUGUUGAGUUGAAAAUAUGGAAAAGAUGGAAUUUCCGCUUUCUAGAAAAUGCAGACGGUGCACCAUAAUGAUUAAGGGUCGUUUCAUGUUCACCGCUCAUUGUUUUCGUCGUACCACGAGGGACUGCUUUUAUGCCAAUACUUCAAAGUGCUAUAACCUACGUGGGGUAUCAUACGAUGCAAAAGUUACGUGGGUUAAAAUCAUGGACCAUUAUCGUCGUCUUCAGGUGUCUUUCCAAGGUAAGCUAAUUGCAAAUGCCGAAUGGCGUCUUCGUAUCUAAUAUUUUAUAAUGGCGUGCAUGAACAAGCUUCUU